AUGUCCAUUGAAAACCUCAAGACAUUCGACCCCUUCGCUGAUGCUGCGGCCGAUGACGAUCCGGGAAGUUCGAGCAAGCAGGAGGAUUACAUCCACAUCCGCAUCCAGCAGCGAAAUGGUCGCAAGACAUUGACGACCAUCCAAGGCCUUCCCUCCAAGUUCGACCGAAAGAAGAUCCUGACCGUCGUCCGCAAGAAGUUCGCCUGCAAUGGAACUGUCGUGAUCGACGCCAACAUGGGCGAGGUCAUCCAGCUCCAGGGUGACCAGCGCAAGUACAUGCAGGAAUUCCUCUGCGACAAGAAAGGGCUCGAGCUCGACCCCAAGACCAUCAAAGUCCACGGAUUUUGA